UCUUCACAACAGCGAGCAGGUGAAGGACAGUGUGAGAAAGAGAGGGAGGGGAAUGACAGGAAGACACAGCAGGUGAGGAAACAAUGAGAUGAAAUGAUCAGAACUGAACACAGACUGGCAGAAGACACAGAAAUAGAGGCUCAAAGCAUUCGGUGACAUUUUGGAUUAGACUGAUAGUAAGAUGCUUGUGACAGUGUUAUCUGUAGCCUUGGUGAUGCUGAGAGGUCACCUGAUUUAUGGGCUCCCUAUGGACGGAAAAAAGAGAAAUUCGAGGGCCCUUUCAGAAGAGCUGUGUAAUCCAGGAUAUUUCAAGUCAGGCAAUUCGUGUGUUCAGUGCAAGCCCGGUUUCUACACCAGUGAGAAAAACAGAGAGAAUUUUUGCCACCGCUGCUUCCAGAACUGCAUAUCUGAAUUCAACAUGGAGGUGGAGAAGAAUUGCACGAGAACAUCCGAUGUAGUGUGUCGCUGUCGAGAGGGUUACGUGUGUGUGCCCGAUGAACACACACGCCUAUGUGACAGCUGCGCUCCUGUCUCCAUCACCAUCCCAUUCUCCACCUCUGCUGAUGUCCCAUCGUCCACUGCAUCCACCACUACAUCUACAGAGACAGCUGAGAUUAAACUGGCUGGCAAUAGGGUUACCGUGUGGGGUUUAUGUGGAAUAAGUUCUGUGAUGCUAUCCUUUAUCAUCCUUCUGCUGUUCCUCCGGUUCUGCAGGAAGAAAGAGAAGGAAUGUUUUAAACAUUUUGUCAGGCAGUGCUCGCUGGGUAAUAUAGAGAUGGACAGCGAGACUGCGCCUCCUACCAGCCAACCAGAUAAGCAGCCCCAGGGCGUGCUGUCACAUGGCAGCACGCCUACCAAUCACAACACAGACUGCUCGUUUCAUCAGCCAAUCAGCUCAGAGCACACUGUGCCUCCGGCUGGCAAUUUAGGUCCUCUCCACAUCUAUGGUCCCCAGACGGUUUUUGUUAGUUUGCUCAAUCAGUUUGGAUGCGAUGGCGGCGAGAAAAAACCACACGAGCUCCAAGAAGAAUCGCUAAACAACAUCAACGUGCCCUACCCUCGGUCUCCCCCCGUCCAUCUGUCCGAGGAGGAACGCAGCGGUGAUAACGAUUUCAUCUUCUUCCCAUCUCAGGAGCAAGGGAAAGAGUGCCACAUAUCUAAAGAAGAGGCGCUGUGAGGGAUAACGGGCCGCUUGUGUCCGUCUUCCUCCGUACUGCUCGAGAGUACCCAGUAUUAAAACUCUAACCCUGGCGGGGGAUUUCAUCUCGAGAGCAACAGGCUGCGUUAGGGGAAGGCCUGGGUGUGUGACUAACAGUGAGGACGACAUAACUGUUGCGUAUGAGCUUGACAGUUGGUGCCAGCUUUGCAAUAUCACCCAUAAAGUCGUUUUGUGCGUAACCACCGAAUCUGAACCAUCAGAACGGGAGAGGGAUGCUGAUGUUGACUGUCGAUGCCAAAGGCUUUCACCUCUUACCACGGCUCAGUGACUCUCUGGAAGUGUUUGAAAGUGUUUAAAACACUCAAGAAGACCAAAGAUUUAAGCGCCUUGCUGUAUUUAUUUGAUGUAAAUAGUUAUUAAACUCAUUGUAGUUGCAAUACGUGGUAUAAUUUCCUAUCUAUCGUCUAUCUAAUCUUCCGGGACAUUUCGAGUCUAGAGUAUUUUUUUAUUUAUACUUGUUAUUAAUUCUAUUGCAGAUAUUAAAAACACAAAGAAGUUUUUUGUUCUCACACAGUUUAUCGGUUAAGUCCCUGGUUAAUGCUGUCAGCGUUCUUCCUCUUUUCUUUGGCUUUUAUGCGACUCUCAUGAUGGAUUGUGCCAUCAAAAAAGCCCUGACAUUUUGAUGGUGGUCUGGAAAUGUCAACUUUUCUUCAUUUAGAAGUAAAUAAGCACAGCACAGGAACAGGCAGUAUAGCUGUUGCGUGUCAUUAUGUAUUAUGUUUUACAUUUGCUGUAAUGCACUUUUUUUUUUUUACUUGAUAUUAAUUGUAAAGUGCAAUAAAAUCAAUAAAGAUUUAUUUUUGGUACGUU